AUUGUGUCAAUCUCUUGUUUUGCUGCUUCUUCAUCUUCUUCUUCUCUCCGUUAAUCUCAUCGAUCUCUUCAAAAACCCGAAGCUCUGAUCUGUUCAUAUUCCGAUUUCUCCUCUGUAAUUUUAUCUCCCAAGUCCCUACCGGCGGCGAUGGUUUCUGAGUGAUUUUGGAUUCUUCUUCUAUUUAGGUAACAGAAGAGCUUAGCUAAUGGCGCCUUCAAGGUCUAAGAAAUCUAAGUACAAGAAAACUCCUCGUGGUAAAGCUGUUUCUCCUCAAAAAGAGGAAGAAAAUAUGAGUAAAACCAAACAACGGAAGAGGAAGUUGUCGGAUAUGUUAGGUCCUCAGUGGAGCAAGGAAGAGUUGGAGCGCUUUUAUGAAGGAUACCGCAAAUUUGGAAAAGAAUGGAAAAAGGUGGCUGCGUUUGUACAUAGCCGUUCUGCAGAAAUGGUAGAGGCUCUAUACACUAUGAAUAAGGCUUACUUGUCUCUUCCCGAAGGCACUGCUUCUGUGGUUGGCCUUAAUGCGAUGAUGACUGAUCACUACUCUGUUUUGCAUGGAGGAAGUGACAGUGAGCAGGAAAACAAUGAAGGUAUUGAAACUCCGAGGUCAGCCUCUAAGCGCUCUAGAGUAAAAUCCUCAGAUCAUCCCUCUGUAGGAUUAGAGGGUCUGUCUGACCGCUUGCAAUUCAGGUCUUCUUCAGGCUUCUUGCCAUCGCUGAAAAAGAGACGUACUGAGAAUGUGCCUCGUGCUGUUGGAAAAAGGACUCCUAGAAUUCCUAUCCCAUAUACCAUUGAGAAGGAUACUAGGGAAAGAUAUUUAUCACCUGUUAAGAGGGGUCUAAGUCAGAAGGGGGAUGAUACUGAUGACGAUAUGGAACAUGAGAUUGCUGUAGCAUUAGCUGAGGCUUCGCGACGAGGUGGCUCUACAAAUAACUCCCACACACCGAAUAAAAAAGCAAAGAUGUACCUCUCUGAUAAAAAGGGUGAAAGAAUGCGUGCCGAUAUUGACUUGGCGAUUGCCAAGCUUCGUGCCGGUGAUAUGGAAGAUGUUCGCUGUGAACCAAGCUUAGGAAGCACUGAAGCUGAUAAUGCGGAUUAUUCUGGAGGUAGAAAUGACUUGACGCAUGGAGAAGGUACUAGCGCCAUGGAAGUGCAGCAAAAAGGAAGAAAAUACUAUAGGAGGAGAUUAGGCAUUAAAAAAGAAGAUGCAAAAGAAGCCUGCAGUGGUACAGAUGAAGCACCAAGCUUAGGCGCCCUCGAUGAGAAAUUUGAACCAGAAAGGGAUGAGAAGUCUUUGAAACUCACAUAUAAAUUUUCAAGGAGAAAAAGUAAAAAGAGUCUCUUCACUGCAGAUGAAGACACAGCAUGUGAUGCUCUCCAGACGCUGGCAGAUCUGUCGCUGAUGAUGCCUGAAAGUACCACGGAUACUGGUGGGAUAAAUAUGUUUGACCUNAAAGGGACUGAUCCAGCAUCAAUGUCUAAAAGUAGUUCUCUUAGAAACUCCAAACAGAGAAGAUUAGGCAGCAAUGAUCUUUGUAAUACUGAAACUGAGAGAAAGAGUCCUAGUAGCUCUUUAAUUCGAAAGAGACGGCAGAUAACAUCACCAACUAAGGUUACCAAAGAUGAGCUUGCUGCAAGCUCACAAGUCAUAGAGCCUUGCAAUAACAAGGGAAUAAGUGAGGGAAAUAAGCCUGUUGGGAGAGGUAAACGGUCUGCAGGUAUUCGAAACUCACAUGAAAAGAAGCCUGUUAAACCUCAGGAUCGUACUCCCUCAAGUAACAACAUAGUAGAAGAAGAUGAGUUAGCUCCAUCAAAUGCAGUCAUAAAAAAACAAGUUAAUUUGCCAACUAAAGUUAGGAGCAGAAGAAAGAUAGUACCUGAGAAACCUCCAAGUAUGGGUGACUGGAAAAAUUCUGAGACUCUAGAGAAGUUUUCCCAUUGCAUAUCUAGUUUCCGAGCACGAAGAUGGUGUCUUUUUGAGUGGUUCUACAGUGCAAUUGACUAUCCAUGGUUUGCCAGACAAGAGUUUGUUGAGUAUUUGGAUCAUGUAGGGUUGGGCCAUGUUCCUAGAUUAACUCGCGUUGAAUGGGGUGUCAUAAGGAGUUCUCUUGGGAAACCGAGGCGAUUUUCUCAACAGUUUUUGAAGGAGGAGAAAGAAAAGCUAUACCUAUACAGGGACUCUGUAAGAAAACAUUAUGAUGAACUAAACAAGGGCAUGAGGGAAGGACUUCCAAUGGAUCUGGCUCGGCCUCUAAAUGUUUCACAGAGAGUCAUUUCCGUGCAUCCAAAGUCGAGAGAGAUUCAUGACGGCAGUGUCCUAACUGUUGAUCACUCUAGGUACCGGAUUCAGUUUGACAACCCUGAAUUAGGGGUGGAAUUUGUUAAGGAUACUGAAUGCAUGCCACUGAAUCCUCUAGAAAACAUGCCAGCAUCACUUGCAAAGCACUAUGCUUUCCCAAACUAUAACAUUCAGAAUUCUAGCGAGGAGAAAGUGCAAGAGCAGGUAAAGGAAAGCACGCCGGAAGGAUAUCUCAAACUUUCGUGUGAGACAGGCCAUCUCUUAAACUCCCCAAAUUUUAACAUUAGUAAUUCACUAAAGCAGGAGAAGGUAGAUAUCUCAAGUUCAAAUCCACAAGCUCAAGAUGGAGUCGACGAGGCUCUUGAUUUACAAUCGUUGAAUCCUCAGCCUUCAACUAUUGGACAUAUCCAGGCAAGAGAAGCUGAUGUCAAAGCUCUCUCUGAACUAACACGUGCGCUUGACAAGAAGGAGCUAGUUUUGAGGGAGCUAAAGUGCAUGAACAACGAGGUUGUGGAAAGUCAGAAAGAUGGACAUAGUGCUCUAAAGGAUUCUGAAUCUUUUAAGAAACAAUAUGCAGCAGUUCUCUUUCAGCUAAGCGAAAUCAAUGAGCAGGUUUCAUUGGCACUUCUUGGCUUGAGGCAACGGAAUACUUACCAAGAGAAUGUGCCAUAUGCAUCAAUAAGACACAUGAGUAAAUCAGGGGAACCUGAUGACCAGUUGACCUACGUAGACAGUUAUGCAUCUGAAACCAAUGGAUUCCAUGUGUCUGAGAUCGUCGAAAGUUCUAGAAUAAAAGCACGGAAAAUGGUAUACAGAGCUGUACAGGCGUUGGCGUCACUGAGGAAAGACAAAAAUAAUGUUGUAAAUAUGGAAGAAGCCAUUGAUUUUGUAAAUAAUCAGCUUUCUAUAGAUCAAACAGAAGGUCCAUCAGUCCACCAAAGACAAGGUGCCCAGGAUCAGCGUCUUCCCUCUACACCAAAUCCACCUAGCUCAACUCCUGCCAAUGAUUCCCAUCAAAACCCACCCGACCAAAAUGACCUACAAAUCCCAUCUGAACUUGUUUCACGCUGUAUGGCUACAUUGCUUAUGAUACAGAAAUGUACGGAGAGGCAAUUCCCACCAAGUGAAGUUGCCCAGGUUCUGGACUCAGCGGUGGCGAGUUUACAGCCUUGCUGCUCGCAAAACCUUCCGAUCUAUACAGAGAUUCAGAAGUGCAUGGGAAUCAUAAGAAACCAGAUUCUUGCCCUCGUACCCUCCUAAAGUAAUAAAAUCCUCAAACCAUAACUUAACCUUUUGUCUCUUCAUGAUGCUUUGUUUCUCCUGUAAAAUCCGUAUUUCCUUAUAGAAAAUUCGUUUAAUAUACCUCAUUUAUUUGGAGUGACUCACGCCCGAGUUCAUAUUUUACACAUAACCCACCCAUCAAUUGUUAGACGGGACUGGAUCGCGGUCCAUUGUUAUCCUCUUGUAAGGUUCUAAAUAGUUUCAUUCCUUAUCGUGUUUGAAUAAAAUUUUAUUCUAGUUUUCA